CGUCACUCGCCGCUCGCUCAGUUGUUUCAGGGCGGGAGUUAAGAAAUCGUUGAGCGCGGAGAAGUAGCCGCCUGGUUCCAGCUGACUCCGGGUCCAACGCAAUAACAGAGCCAACUCUUCCAACCUGGAUGUUAAAAUAAAGAUAUCAAACGGAUGUGUUUUUCGGAUGUCAAAUCCGAUCUUCAUGUGAGCAGCGGGAGAAAACGUCCUUUCAGCGUCUACAGACAAAAAACCAGACGAAAAUGUCCUGGUGGCCGCGCGGUGAUGAUGGGGAGGAAGCCAUGCUGCAAGACACGGACUCAGAUGUUGCAGAGCCAAGGGACGGUGGGAAAGUCAAAGUGAAGUGGACGCAAGAAGAGGACGACAAGCUCAAGGCACUGAUUCAGAUACUGGGUCAGAACGAGUGGAAAACUAUCGCUAGCUGUAUACCGAAUCACACUGAACACCAGUGCCAGCAUCGCUGGUUCAAGGUCCUGGAUCCUGAGUUGGUCAAAGGUCCUUGGACUAAAGAGGAAGAUGAGAAGGUAAUAGCGCUGGUAAAUCUCUAUGGCAACAAACAGUGGGCAGAGAUCGCAAAGCACCUGAAAGGCAGGUUGGGGAAGCAGUGCAGAGAACGCUGGCACAACCACCUCAACCCGAACGUGAAGAAGUCGUCCUGGACGGCCGAAGAGGAUCUGGUCAUCUACAAAGCUCACUGCCUGCUGGGAAACCGUUGGGCUGAAAUCGCAAAGCUGUUGCCUGGAAGGACUGAUAACGCCGUGAAGAACCACUGGAAUUCAACCAUCAAACGGAAAUUGGAUAUGGGUUUCUAUGCCGGAGAGGUGUUUGCACCAAACGAACUGGAAGAGGUGUUAGCUCGUGUUAAAGACGCGCAGGCACCCAGUUGCUCUCAAGAUGGUGCCGACAAGGAGCCUGAACAGAAAACCAGAGCUUCUGAAGCAUUUGUACGGUCCGCCAAAGCUUCGCCCAUCACCAAGCCUCCAUCUUCAAAAAAUGGUGACAGUCCAAAAGCUGCAGCAGGAUCACCUGACUGGUCUGUGGACGGCUCCAAGUUCCCCUCUCCCAACAGUCAGGCUCUAAAAGAAGUCCUGGACAUGGACAUUGAUGUUUGGUGCAACUUGGCGGACUUUGACCUCCCGACUGACACCCAGAGUCCGGAGCGUCACCAGUUCCGUCUAGAAGGCAGCGCCUUGCAGGAGUUGAGCAAGGGCAGCAAAGGAGAGCUCAUCCCCAUCUCUCCCGGGGGAGUCACUCCACCCUCUGCAUUGAACCGCCAGAGCCGCAGAGUCAUCACAUUGUCUCCAGACACCAGUAACUCUAUGACUCCUAAAAGUACUCCGGUGAAACUCCUACCUUUCUCUCCAUCUCAGUUCCUCAACAUGUGGACGAAGCAGGACAGCCAUGACCUGGAGAACCCAUCCCUCACUUCCACUCCAGUGUGUAGCCAGAAAGCCAUGGUGACAACUCCGCUCCAACGAGACAAGACCCCUCUCAUCAAAAAGGAAAAAUCAAGUUUUGUGACGCCAAAUCACAAGUCCGAGAUCUGCACGACUCCUCGCACUCCCACACCAUUUAAAAAUGCCAUGGAAAAGUACGGCCCCCUUCAUCCUCUGCCUCAGACUCCCAACCUGGAGGAUGACAUCAACGAAGUCAUCCUCAGAGAAGCAGGAAUCAAUCUGUUGGAUGAUCACCAAAUUCUACCGGAGCCACGGCGUAAAUCAACGCACCGGCCUCCAAUGAAGAAAGUGCGAAAGUCCCUGGCCCUUGAUGCAGUGGACUCACAGGCAGCGCCGACAUCCAGACGGAAAUCCAAGAGUGUGGCUAAACUCAACGUGAAGGUGAGGAAGAACAUCAGAAGCCUCUGUGCUCUUGCACUUAUUCACUCUUGUCUCUUGUUUCUCCUGCAGGAAGAGCCUGAGUUGAUUUCCAUUGGCUAUAAAGAGCAUGACAACAUUUUAGACCAGGGCUUCCUUUUGGGGCCCAGUGACAGUGCCAUGUUUCCUACCACAGCGCCCCCAAUGCUGAUGUCCAAAGAGUGGGAGACGAUCGUGUGUGGGAAGACUAGAGACCAGCAGAUCAUGACGGAGCGGGCACGACGCUACCUUCGCUCCCUUAAAUCCCACUCGAUCAACAGAGCUCUAGUUUUGUCCUGAGAUCACCUCAAUGGGCCUCCAGCCUCCAAGAUGGUCUCUUUCUGCCAUGUUGUUUUCCCACUGAUUCUGUACCGACAGGACUUUUACCACCAACGCUUUUAACGCUUCUUUGCAAUUAAUGUGGAAUCGAAGUCGUCAUCUGAUAAUCAAGAUCGUGAUUUUAUGAAUGUUAAGUCUUUAAAUGGAAGAAUAUUGGUCAAUUUUCCGUUUGUUUAAACAGAUGUGCGAUCGAGGUAGAUGUUGUAGGAAAGUCAAACUGGUACUGAGGACGGACUAGAGAAGAAGUAUGAAUAGAAAAAAUAUGCAAUGUGAAAUUUGAAAAGAGUCUGGAAAUCUAGGAGUUUUAUGUGCAGAAUUAGCAAUAUACAUGUUGAGGAGUAUAAUUUUACUGGCAAUUUGUGUAAAUAGCCUGUAUUUUUGAGAUAAAAAA